ACGCAGGCUCCGCGGUCCCGGCGCGCGCACCGCGGAGGGCGGCCGAGGGCUUGGCUUUGGCGUCCGGAGGCGGCGGCGCGGAGGCAGGAUGCGGCGGGGCCCUCGCCCGGGCUCGGCCGCGUCCCCGCACAAGCAGGCGCCCAACUUCUAUAGCGACAACAGCAACAGCUCAGUGAGCACCACCUCGGGGGACAGCAGCGGCCACCGGUCAGCUGGGCCGGGCCCCGGGGAGCCCGAGGGCAGGAGAGCCCAGGGCUCGAGCUGCGGUGAGCCCGCCUUGAGCCCAGGACUGCCCGGAGGAGCACCGCGGAGCCACAGUGCGCCGACCGCCGAGGGCGCGGCAACCCUGAGGGGCGGGGCCUCGGAACCGGCUGGCUCUCCCGUGGUCUCCGAGGAGCAGUUCCACCUUCUCGCGGCCCUGGAUCUGAGGCAGGAGAUGCAGCCCCCGCGAGUGUUCAAGAGCUUCCUGAGCCCACUUUUCCAGGUGCUGAGCGUGUGUGUGUCCCCGCUAGGAGACGUGCUGGUCAGUGUGUACAGGGAAGUCUGUUCCAUUCGCUUCCUGCUCACGGCUGUGUCACUGCUGAGCCUCUUUCUGACAGGUGAGGGGGCGAAUUCCCCCGGGGUCCCAGCCCUGGAUGCUUUGGAGCCAAACCUUAGCGCAUUUUCUCUUACGUCCCUCUGCCCCCUCAGCCCUUCGCAGUCUCCUGCAGAGCCCGGUAGCCCCCCAUCAGACUCCAACCCCUCAGCUUCUUCUUCAUUGUCCUUUAUGCAGAGAAACCCUCUCCCCCUUCCUUCCCCUGAGACCACCCCCCUCUUUCUCCAGCACUCGGGUGGGGUGUCCUGUACCUGGUCCCUCCUUUGGAGAGUGGAGCCAACCACCCUGUGCCCACCUCCCGCCUGCAGCGAGUACCACGAGCGCGUGCGCACGCAGGGGCAGCAGCUGCGGCAGCUGCAGGCCGAGCUGGACAGGCUCCACCAGGAGGUGUCCAGCGUCCGCGCAGCCAACAGCGAGAGAGUGGCCAAGCUCGUAUUCCAGAGGUUGAAUGAGGACUUCGUUCGAAAACCCGACUAUGCGCUGAGCUCCGUGGGAGCCUCCAUCGACCUAGAGAAGACAUCCCGCGACUACGAGGACCAAAACGGCGCCUACUUCUGGAACCGCUUCAGCUUCUGGAACUACGCGCGGCCCCCCAUGGUGAUCCUGGAGCCAGAUGUGUUCCCUGGGAAUUGCUGGGCUUUUGAGGGCGACCAGGGCCAGGUGGUGAUCCGGCUGCCGGGCCGUGUGCAGCUGAGCGACAUUACCCUGCAGCAUCCUCCUCCCAGUGUGGCACACACCGGGGGGGCCAACAGCGCCCCCCGCGAUUUCGCAGUCUAUGGCCUCCAGGUUGAUGAUGAGACGGAAGUUUUCCUGGGGAAAUUCACCUUCGACAUGGAGAAAUCUGAGAUUCAGACUUUUCGCCUACAGAAUGACCCCCCAACUGCCUUUCCCAAGGUGAAGAUACAGAUUCUAAGCAACUGGGGUCACCCCCACUUCACAUGCUUGUAUAGAGUCCGAGCCCAUGGCAUGAGAACCUCGGAGGAAGCGGGAGACAGUGCCACAGGGGGGCCCAAUUAAACGUGCUGAUUGUUAAAACAGAGUGGAGGUCUGCGCGAAAGACGCUGGAGCAGUGCUGGAGGGUCUGCUGGGAGCUCUGGUUGCCUUUGGCAUAUAAAUACGAUAAGGGGUCUACUUCCCA